AUGAUUGAGUGUGUUGCUUCUUACGACUUGUGGAUUUGGCAUUCGUUUUUUGGUCCUGCUGGAUCAAACAACGAUGUCAACUUUUUGAAUCAGUCGCCAUUGUUUUAUUCAGAACUUAAUGGAUCCGCACCAGACAGUUCAUUUAGCGUAAAUGGACGAAAUUACAAGUGUGGAUAUUACCUUACCGAUGGAAUAUAUCCUAGGUGGUCUAUGUUUGUUAAGUCAUAUCCGCAUCCAGUCGAAGAGGAUGAAAAGGAGUUCAAAAGACUCCAAGAGGCGGCAAGAAAGGAUGUUGAGCGGGCUUUUGGUGUUCUCAAAGAGAAAUGGAAGAUUUUGGAGCGUCCCUUCCGAUUCAUGACAAAGGAGAAGAUUGGGAAAAUCGUCACCACAUGUACUAUAUUGCACAACAUGAUAAUAAAAGACGAUGGGAGGGCAAUAUCACCGGUUCGUAUUAUGGAUUCACCUGCCCUUAUUGUUUAUGACCGGAACGUGCUGAGGGAGUUACAUGACGAAGAAGUCCAUCAUCGCCUCCGGUAUGAUCUGACAGCGCACGUAUCGGGUUUGGACUUAGCAUACCUUGACGACCCAGCGGCGCAGCCAACACCGAUCGAGGCAUUGAUUUAG